AGCGGCGGCGCAAGGGGCGGGAGAGGUGCGGACGUGCGCGCCGAGGCUCCCUGUGCUUGCUAAGCGCACGACCCGGGCCCCCGCUGCCCUCCAUCAUGCCCUCCUACACCGUCACCGUGGCCACCGGCAGCCAGUGGUUCGCGGGCACCGACGACUACAUCUACCUCAGCCUCGUGGGCUCCGCGGGCUGCAGCGAGAAGCACCUGCUGGACAAGCCCUUCUACAACGACUUCGAGCGCGGCGCGGUUGAUUCUUAUGAUGUGACGGUGGAUGAAGAACUGGGCGACAUCCAGCUGAUCAAAAUUGAGAAGCGCAAGUACUGGCUCCACGAUGACUGGUACCUGAAGUACAUCACGCUGAAGACGCCCUGCGGGGAUUACAUCGAGUUCCCCUGCUACCGCUGGAUCUCGGGGGAAGGCGAGAUCGUCCUGAGAGAUGGACGAGCAAAGCUGGCCUGCGAUGACCAAAUUCACAUCCUCAAGCAGCACAGACGUAAAGAACUGGAAACACGGCAAAAACUGUACCGAUGGAUGGAAUGGAACCCUGGUUUCCCGCUGAGUAUCGACGCCAAAUGCCACAGGGAUUUACCCCGAGAUAUCCAGUUCGAUAGUGAGAAAGGAGUGGACUUCGUUCUGAACUACUCCAAAGCGAUGGAGAACCUGUUCAUCAACCGCUUCAUGCACAUGUUCCAGUCCUCCUGGAACGACUUCGCCGACUUUGAGAAGAUCUUCGUCAAGAUCAGCAACACUAUUUCCGAGCGGGUCAUGAACCACUGGCAGGAAGAUGUCAUGUUUGGCUACCAGUUCCUGAAUGGCUGCAACCCCGUGUUGAUCCAGCGCUGCAGGAAGCUGCCUGAGAAGCUACCGGUGACCACGGAGAUGGUGGAGUGCAGCCUGGAACGGCAGCUCACCCUGGAGCAGGAGGUCGAGCAAGGGAACAUUUUCAUCGUGGAUUUUGAGCUUCUGGAUGGCAUCGAUGCGAACAAAACAGACCCGUGCACUCUGCAGUUCCUGGCCGCACCCAUCUGCUUGCUGUACAAGAAUCUGGCCAACAAGAUCGUCCCCAUUGCCAUCCAGCUCAGCCAGGUCCCGGGAGAUGAGAACCCCAUUUUUCUCCCUUCGGAUGCCAAGUAUGACUGGCUUCUGGCCAAAAUCUGGGUGCGUUCCAGCGACUUCCACAUCCAUCAGACCAUCACCCACCUUCUGUGCACACAUCUGGUGUCUGAGGUUUUUGGCAUCGCCAUGUACCGCCAGCUGCCUGCUGUGCACCCUAUUUUCAAGCUCCUGGUGGCCCACGUGCGGUUCACCAUUGCCAUCAACACCAAGGCCCGGGAGCAGCUCAUCUGCGAGUAUGGCCUCUUUGACAAGGCCAACGCCACAGGGGGCGGUGGGCACGUGCAGAUGGUGCAGAAGGCCAUGCAGAACCUGACCUACAGCUCCCUGUGCUUCCCUGAGGCCAUCAAGGCCCGGGGCAUGGACAGCACGGAAGACAUUCCCUACUACUUCUACCGGGACGACGGGCUCCUGGUGUGGGAGGCCAUCAAGACGUUCACGGCCGAGGUGGUGGACAUCUACUAUGAGAGCGACCAGGUGGUGGAGGAGGACCUGGAGCUGCAGGACUUCGUGAAUGACGUUUAUGUGUACGGCAUGCGCGGCAGGAAGGCCUCAGGCUUCCCCAAGUCCAUCAAGACCAAGAAUAAGCUGUCCGAGUACCUGACGGUGGUGAUCUUCACAGCCUCAGCCCAGCACGCAGCAGUGAACUUUGGCCAGUACGACUGGUGCUCCUGGAUCCCCAACGCCCCGCCAACCAUGCGGGCCCCACCACCCACCACCAAGGGCGUGGUCACCAUCGAGCAGAUCGUGGAUACACUGCCGGACCGCGGCCGCUCCUGCUGGCAUCUGGGAGCAGUGUGGGCGCUUAGCCAGUUUCAGGACAAUGAGCUGUUUCUGGGCAUGUACCCAGAGGAGCAUUUCAUCGAGAAGCCAGUGAAGGAGGCCAUGGCCCGAUUCCGUAAGAACCUGGACGCCAUCGUCAGUGUGAUCGCUGAGCGCAACAAGAAGAAGAAGCUUCCGUAUUACUACUUGUCCCCGGACCGGAUUCCCAACAGCGUGGCCAUCUGAGUAGCUGGCUGAGCCCAUCUCACGCAGGGACGGCCAGCUGCUUGCGGCUGCGCUCAGCACCCAGACUCCAGCCCGCCCGGGCGGCCGCACGGCAGGCCUUCGGAUACCUGGGAAUUCGGCCCAGGCCCCAGGCGGACUGGCUUCAAACCAAAGGCUCUCCAGGUUGGACCACGACAUUGCUAAGUUUCAGUGCAUUUUCCCGUUUGUUCCUCAGUCUUUCCAUACUUCAAAGUGUGUAAAUGCUGCAGGGACCUUUCCUACACAGAGCAGGACCGUAGCUUCCUGCCCUGCACCCAGCUCCGGGCUCCCACAGCACACACCAAACAGCACAGCGGCGUGACUGGUCGGAAGUGGUUCCUGUUGGAAACAUGGGAUGAUUAUCUUUUUGUUCUAUUUAUGCUUAGUCCAAUUUCUUGCAUACAGUAGGUGCCCAAAUAAAUUCUUGUUGGAUGAAUUAAGAAUGAACUGUCAUAAAAAUAAAGCAGUU